AUGGUUGGCCUCAAACUUCGUCACUGGUGGAAAAAUCUAACACCUAAUGAAAAGGAUAUUUUUUUUGAAGCUGUGAAGAGAAACAUCGUCUCUGUUUUAAUUAGUUUUGUUUUGUUGCAUUCUGGAUUUCUGAUGCUUUAUGCUUACUACCUUGAAUUUGAUCCAGUAACAAAUAGGAGAAAGCUUGUAGUAUUUUCAGAUGACCAAAUAAGUGAGAUAGCAGCUUCAGAGCAAAGGAGAAUUAUUAAGAGACAUGAAGUAAAUAUCUUACCCACAACCCAUCAACUCCAUCAAAUCAUUGGAAAGAUAGUCACAAAAAUUGUGGAUUCAAAUGAUGAAAUUCCUAAUAUUAGAAAUAAAAUGUGGUCUAUUUAUGUUGUUGAUAGCCCAGAGAUAAGAAAUGCCUUUGUCUUACCAAAUGGUGCAAUAUUCUUCUUCACAGGCUUGCUUACUGUAGCAAGCAAUGAUGAUCAAACUAGUAUUAUAUUGUCACAUGAAAUGGCUCAUACUGUAUUGUCACACAUGGCAGAACAAAUUAGUAAUGUUCAUUUUCAUAAUUUAUUGUUUAAUCUUGCUAUUAUUGUAAUCUGGGCAACCAUGCCAAUCCUCUAUGCAUUUCCAUGUCAAUGGUUUGCAGAAUAUCUUGCAAAAAUGUUUGUGGAACUCCCAUUCAGUCGCAAUCUUGAGCUAGAAGCUGAUAAAGUUGGUCUCAUCUUAGCUGCAAAAGCUUGUUUUGAUGUCAGAGAGGCAAGUUUGCUGUGGUCCAAAUUAAAAUUGUUGGCUUCCCUUGAAGGAGGUUUAAGUACUGAGCCUGCUGAAAUAUUCUCUACUCAUCCUAGUUAUGAGACAAGGAAGAGGCAUCUUGAUAGUCAGAUACCAGCAGCUCUUAAAUUAAGAGAAAAAUGUGAUUGUCCUUGUUUGCCAGGAAAUGAUCCAAGGGAAUUCAUUAAUAUAAUGCUCCAUGAUCUUGAGGAACUUCAGAGAAACCAUAAAUCAAUUUAUAUUAUAUCAAAGAUACUAGGUAAUCAAUCAAAAUAA